AGACUACUGAAGUGAGCAGGCUCCGACGCAUACAGGGAAGAUUAAACCCCUCAACCUGGGACAUUUCGUAUUCAAGUUGUUGUGAGAUGAUGCACCAAAGAAACAAACAGCCAUGUGAAAAGAACAAUGAGCUAUGUGAAAUGCCUACUUUGCAAAGAAAACCGAAUUUUGCCUACCAAAUUGGACGUGCACUGGGUCUGUGGGCAUUGAGUCCGUUCUGCUACAGCGCCCCUCGUGGAUGAGAGCGUCUGAAGAGCCUUCUGUCUACUUUAGCUCUACCAUCUCUGUUCUCUGUCCUCAACAAUGGAGGAGGUAGCUGUGGAAAACCUCAUAGACUUUGAUAUCCCUUCAUGUUCAGGCGAUACAGCCCCCUCAUUUGCAAGUCCUCCUAGUGGGGCGCUGCUCCACACAGACAUUUUCUCCUCUGAGCCGCUGUUCCCAGAGCCUGCCUCCAUUGUACCCCUGGCCCCCAUGCCCAGCUCCCACCACCAUUGUGGGGGAGAGGACGGGGACAGUGAUGCCACAGAGUCGGCAGACAGUGAGAAUGACAUGGACCCACACUCCCAGCAGUGGAACUCACGGCGCUCAUCCUCCUCGUCCAAUCACAGUGCAGAGCUUGGGGUAGAGGCAGUGGAGAAUCAGGAGUUCAUGAAGGCUUACGUGGAGAAGGUGUUUCAUGGAAAGGAGGACUUUGACCAGGAGGAGAAGGCUCGCUUUGGGGAGCUGUGCAGUGGAGAAAAUGGCAAGGGCAGGGAGUGGUUUGCCAGAUACGUCAGUGCACAGCGCUGCAACUCCAAGUGUGUGAGUGAAGCAACAUUCUACAGGCUGGUGCAGUCUUUUGCAGUUGUUCUUUUCGAGUGCUAUCAGAUGGAUGACUACAGUCCAGCUAAAAACCUCAUGACCAUGUGUUUCACUUACUACCACACUGGUAAGUCCCAGCCAUCCCCCACUGAGCUGCUGCAGCAGCCGCCUGUAGCCAUGGACUCCUACCUGAAUAAGGCCAACUCCUGGCUGUCUGGCAAGAAGGACGCAGCCGAGCGGCUCCUGAAGAACUCCUCUGCUGCCAAAACGGAAGUCAAAGGCUUCUUUGGAGGCCUGGAGAGCAAGCUGAGGGCGUCCGCUCGAAAGAAUGAGGAGGCAGAGAGUCCAGUCGAGGUAAAGCCCAAAUCACCAGUGUCCUCUGUGCCUCCAGAGAAGAAGAAAGUGGAGAACGAGAAGGUGUACCUGUACACACACCUGAAACAGCAACCCAUCUGGCAUACGUUGAGGUUUUGGAACGCAGCGUUCUUUGAUGCGGUCCACUGUGAGAGGAAGAAGAGGUCACCUACCACCAGAGAGAAGUGGUGUCAUAUGACCCAGGAAGAGAAAGAUGACAGCUCUAAAGUCGACGAGAAUAUUGCCUUUGGCCAACUGGGGACAUUCACUCACAACAUGCUGGCUUUUGGGCUCAGUAAGAAACUCUGCAAUGACUUCCUGAAGAAGCAAGCAGUUAUUGGGAACCUAAAUGAAGAGCAGUACAAGCUGUUGAGCGACCACAUUGAGCAGAUGGCCACGGAGUGAGUGGCAAAGAAUGGUACUUCAACUUCAAUGACUACUUAGUACACUAUCAAUAGUAAUUACCUGAAGCUAAUCUCCUCCUCACUCUCCAAUGUUGUGAAGGCUCACCAAUAACUGUAUUCCAUCAAUAUCCAGUACAGUAAGCUCCAAUCACCUAUUUCAGUAAAGCCUCCAUAACCUGCAACAAUAAAUAACACAAAACCUUUUAUCACAGUGAUAGUAAACAUGAAGCUGCGUAGUCAAUAUUCCAGCUUCACCAACCAACAUACUGUAACCUACCCUCUCCUGGGCACUGUCAACAAGGUCAUUCACCCUAUCACUACUACUUUAUUUUAUACUGUCACUAAUGAGUACCUUCCUCGGGUCCUUAUUUUACUGUAUAGUUGGACAAUUUCAGCCAUAUCAGCAUCCAUUAACCCAUUUUACAAAAUCACCUCCGUGUAACCGUCCCAGGCUCUCUAUAGCCUUUUUCUCUAGUCUUCCAUGUCCCCUGACUACAGUAUACAUACAGUAUAUAUAUUUUAGAUAUACUGUAACCUGCUCCUUGCACAUAUCCUACAAUUAGUAUUAUUUAUAUUGUUUGCAAUAGUGACCUUUUAUGAUUUCCUCUCUGCCCAAUGUCGAAGUGCCUUGAAUGUACCCGUGGGGAACUGUCCUUUCUGUUUCAAUGGUAAUCAAUGCAAGUCUCAAUUGUAACAAUCUGUAAAACCACUUGAUACAAUACCUUCCUGUUCAUGAUUCUACCAUCUAUAUACUGUGGCAGCAUAUUUCCAAUAAGGUUGAAUUCUCAUGCCUAGUGUCCUCUGUGUUUAGUGAUUGUCAUGGUGUUAGAUCAUGGCUAGUGAAAGUGCAGUGUGUAGUGGUGAGAGGCUGCAGCAUGGAUUCCAGCAGCAGUCCCAUACCUUCUAUUUUAUUCCUAGAGUAGCCUUGACCUGAGGUGUCUGUGCUAUAUGCAUGGCAUGCAUCCUUGCCCUUAUAAGUGAGAAACAAGCAUUGUGCAAGUUGGGCGUCAAUGUCUUGUUUGCAUUAUUUAAGCCCACCAGAGGAAAGCCUGGUGACUUGUUCAGAGCACUUAAUUUAUCAAUGGAGUUAAAAGUUUAAAAACUACUGUGUGCAUCCAGCUUUUGAGGGAGACAUAAGCAAAAUAUAUAAUUCUUGACAUCUUGGAGCAUUGACAUUUCAGAGCUAUGUGAAUAGAAAUUAGGAUUAUUGUACAUUUUUCUCAAUGCUGGAUUGAAGUACUGGCAAGUUUUUUUUUUUGUCUAUAUCAAUUGAUUUUGUAUUUAUAUUGUAUUUCUUUCACCCAUGUUUUAUUAUGUUCAAAGACUUGUUUAUCACUGGUUUUGUGUCAUAUCUGUUGGUGAAUGACUAUGUAACUGAUUAUGGUCAUUGUGUUUUGAUGUCUGUCUCAGUGGCAACUAAAGCUUUCCACUUAUUAUGACCCUGAAGUGCCGUCAUAAUUCCUCCCUUAGGAGUGGUCCAUUCAAGUGCUAGACCAAACUAUAUGUGUGCUAUGUGUAAAAUGUUUAGUAUAAACUAUUGUGUAAUUCCUCCAGAGUGUUAGUUACAAUGUGUAGUUGCAUGUGAUGCCUUGUAGUUGAAGUUCUAUGUCUUGUCUUGGAGACGUCUGUCUUGUCUUGCUCUCUCUCUCUUUUCUUGUGGGCUGUUUAGCAGAGGACCAGCUUCUUGCCACAAAGUGUUUCCCUGUUCUGCUCUGUCUCAGUUGCUUCCCUUGGAUUGCAAUGCUGCUCCCUGCUUCAUGUCUGGAUCUGACCUUCUGUUCAGCAAUCAGACAUAUUGUGCAUCUGCAUGUGAUGACCUCUAUUGCCAUACUGCUGAAUGACUUGCCUCUUUGUUUUGUGGCUGUGUGCAAUUUUAGUUUAGCACCAAGCCCUCCUAUGUGUUUGUAUUGCUGCGUGCAUGCUGGCCUUUCAGUAUUGUUGAAAUGCAGACCAGCCCUCUAAUACUUGGAAUGCUUCACCUGCUUUUCAUGUUGCAUGUCAAAUGCACAGAUGGUCCAUCACUGGUCUUUAAGACAUCUCUCACGAAAAGUGUUGUACAUUGUUUGUCUGGGCAGUGGUGGUCUGAUUUGACCAGUUGUAACUAGCACCUGAUACCUAGUCAUGGACAAGCCUUGUGUCUUUGGAGGUGAAACAAACUUUCGCAUAGGAGAAUAUAGCCUACACUUCUUUUUUAAUGAGCGGGAAAGAGUCUCUUACAGGUAGCUGUUAUUAUCAAUGUCCUCCCACUUCUGUUGUGCAAUGGUGGCUGAGUUUGCAUGGAUGUGUAAUUAUGAUGGAACAAGUAGCUGAUGCUGUAAUAAAUAUAUUUUUUAAUGUGGAA